AUUCCCCAACUUCGCGAGCACAUCGUGCACCUCCAUUUUCAGACAACAGCAGCAGAAAGAAAACAGAAAACAGAAACACAAAAUAAAUAAAUAAAAAUCUAACCUCUAGAGACUCAGAGAAAUAAGCAACCCGAACCCGGAUUGCAAAAAAUGGGCAAGGAUCUGAGCGACGAGCAGGUCUCAUCAAUGAAAGAAGCCUUCACACUUUUCGACACCGACGGCGACGGCAAGAUCGCACCGUCUGAAUUAGGAAUCCUAAUGCGAUCUCUCGGCGGCAACCCGACUCAAGCCCAACUCAAAACCAUAAUCGGAGAAGAAAACCUAACCGCACCGUUUGAUUUCCCUAGGUUUCUCGAUCUCAUGGCUAAGCACAUGAAACCAGAGCCGUUUGAUCGGCAGCUUCGCGAUGCGUUUAAGGUGCUGGAUAAGGAUAGCACCGGUUACGUGACGGUAAAGGAUCUGCGUCAUAUUUUGUGUAAUAUUGGGGAAAAGUUGGAGCCGGCUGAGUUUGAUGAGUGGAUUAAGGAAGUGGAUGUCGGGUCGGAUGGGAAGAUCCGAUAUGAGGAUUUUAUUGCUAGGAUGGUUGCUAAGUGAUUGGGUUUGUGUUUGUUCUUUCUUAAUUUUGAUGGGUAAUGUUUGAUUUUAUUUUAUUUUUUGUUUUGUUAUUUUGGGUAUGGGAAUUAGGGUUUGUUUUGGUAUUUUGAUUCAUGGAUUGUAUUAUGAUGUGUUCCUCUAAUUGUUAAGUUAUUCUAAGCUUUUCUUCUUCUUUUAA